AUGGACGCGAAUGUCCUUGAACAAUUCGAGAAAUUAUUUCAGUCGAGGAUAGAUAAACUCAAGAAGGAUCUAGAGGAAACAUACUCGACCCGAAUCGAGUCGCUCGAAGAGGAAAUAAGGGAUUUGCGCCACCAGCUUGAUGCCGCACAGUCGUACUCGUCACGGUCUUCACCGAGUGUUUCGGACCUGAACGAUUUGGCGCUGCCUGCAAAUGUUGCUGAUUUUCAGCUUGAUCCCCCGGACCCUGUGAUCAGAAAAUGGUCUGCUGGCCAGCACCACGUUUCGUCACCGAGUCUGAUCCCGAGCCUGUUGUUGCAGAGAGUGUCGUCAAAGGUCCAAAGAAUAUGGCCCUUAGGCUCGUCUUCAAAUAUGGAUCCGCUUCAAAGUACCUCAGGACCACUUACCGUGCGAAGGAACUCGGGUAUGUCGAGAUUAAGUGCCGAGACCGGACAGCUCUCGACUCCGAACCAAAUUGUUAUCCCAGAGUCAAUGAUCCAAGGAAUCACGUUUUUGAGAGUUACGCACAAGAAAAAAGUUCAGCGAGUUUUGACACUGGAUGAAAAAACCGGUGUCUUGUCCUGGAACAACAAGCCCUCAUCACAACUGUCAUUGGACCGGAUCUGUGAGAUAUACGCCGGUGAGGAUGCUCGAAACUAUCGUGAAGAGUUCAAAGUGAGUUCGGAAUUGGCCAACAGGUGGGCAACUAUCAUUCAUCAGAGACGGGGUGAGACCAAACUCCGAGCAUUGCAUCUGGUUAUUGCAACCCAAAAAGAGUUCGACACACUGAUUAAUUGCCUGGUGCAAUUGGUAGCUUUUAGACGCGAAGUUAUGAGCGGUCUUGCUCAAGCUGGCCCAAGGUUUGUUGAUGUGUACUGGACCAAAUCUAAUGGCGAUGACCGGAAGCUGAACUUUGAGAACGUUGAAAAGCUCAGCAAACAGCUACAUAUUCACUGCUCAAAACAGUACAUUCGCAAACUUUUCAAUGAAGCAGAUACAGACAAAUCAGAAUGGUUGAAUUUUGAUGAAUUCCAAGAGUUUGUCCGACUUUUAAAGCGUAGAACAGACAUUCUGGAAAUUUUCAAAGCUCUGGCUCCCAGUGGAACUCUGUCGUUAAACGAAUUCAAUCGAUUCAUGUUAGAUGUCCAAAAGCAGGCAUGGUCUGAUGAAAAUAUCGAAAGAGUUUUUAAGAAGUUUUCCCCCUCCGGCACAAAUUUGAUUGGUCCCGACGAAUUUGCUCAAUUGCUCGCCACAUCUCAGUACUUUCCAGCUACCGCUGAAGAGAACCGGGAUUUAUCUCGGCCGCUUAGCGAGUACUGGAUUUCCUCAUCUCACAAUACCUACCUCGUGGGGAGACAAGUCGCUGACGGGUCUUCCGUCGAAUCCUAUAUCAGAGCGUUGCAGGAUGGUUGCCGUUGCUUGGAAAUUGAUUGUUGGGAUGGUGUGAGUGGACCUAUUGUUUACCACGGUAACUCAAUAGCAAGGCUCACUGGUUCAAUCGAUUUCAACGAUGUUAUUUACGCUGUGUUGAAGUACGCAUUUAUUUCUUCUCCCUACCCAUUGAUUUUAUCUCUCGAAGUUCAUUGCAAUGAAACAAACCAGACUAAAAUGGUAUCAAGUUUGAAAAAUAUUUUGGGCGACUCGCUGAUAACCCAACAGAUCUACCCCAGCCAGUUUUCACUGCCGUCUCCUGACGAGCUAAAGCACAAGAUUUUGAUAAAAGUCAAGUCUUCGAUCAAAGAAAAUCCUUUCGACUCGUUUUCGUCCUCGAACUCGAACUCGUCCUCGACCUAUGACGCGAGCGAUGAGGGCAUGGUUGUGACACGAUCGCUGAUCGCAAUCAAAAAGUCGAAACCGGUUUCGAAGGUGAUUCCGGCUUUGGCAGAGCUGGGCGUCUACUUGAGUGCCAUCAGGUUCAGAAAUUUCAGUCUGCCCCAAUCCAAAUCGGUGACGCACUGCUUUUCGUUUUCAGAGAAGAAUCUCAAGUCGAAAAUUCGCGACCCUGAGUUUUUACAGCAAUUGUCGAAACACAACAAAAAGUAUCUCACAAGAGUGUAUCCUUCUAUGUUUAAAAUCACUUCCAAAAACUUCAAUCCCAUUCCAUUUUGGAGGCUGGGCGUGCAGAUGGUGGCUUUGAACUGGCAAAAGAAUGACAUUGGAAUGCAGAUCAAUCAUGCCUUCCAUUCAUCAAAAGUUGGCUACGUGCUGAAGCCAGAAUGGAUGCGACCCAAUCCUUUCCCAAUCCCAGUUCCUUCAGGUCGAAUCAAGCUCUCAAUCGAGAUCAUCUCUGCUCAGCAAUUGCCAAGGCCUAGAGAGCUCAAAGCAGACGACAUUCUCUCACCAUAUGUUACCUUGGAAGUUUAUGGGCUGGGCGACGAUUUAGUUCCCCAUUGGAAAACUCCAGAGGUCUUUGAUAACGGCUUCAACCCGACUUGGAACUACGAGUGUGAAGUUGUGCUAGAUGAGAGGGAUCUCGAGUUUGCCUGUUUAAGGUUCUCUGUGGCCACGGCCGAUUUCGCGUUCGCAACCUACACUGCCAAAGUGGCUCGCAUGAACCAAGGCUAUCGGCAUCUGCCGCUACAGGACUACCAGGGUGAGGACUAUGUGUUCUCGUCAUUAUUUAUUCGUUUCGAUAAAAUUAGAGCCUAG